AUGUUGCCAAGAAAGCUGUCCUGGGAAAGAGGAGUGGCAGUGCUACUAAGGGGAGGUGGAGUACCCCAAAGGGGGGCCGGAGGAGGGUUGGGAGGAGGCGCCGCUGACAAUGGGAAUGCGGAGUUUGACUUCAGUAUCAAUGAUCCACUGUUCAACGGAGGCGAGAUCAGCCAUGGGAUUGGCUUCGGUAAAGGCGUGAAGGCGGGAUUCAUAGUCUGGGGUGAGGUCAAAAAGGAGGUGGUGGAUUUGGAGGGGUCCGGAGAGGCCGGCUUGGCGGGCUUCGAGGCGAUCAGCUACCUCUCUCAUGCGUCCGACAUAGUCAACCGCUCUGUCACAGGCACGGAGUUCCCAAGCCUGGAAGCGGCGCAUGAGGGAGUCAGGGAGAGCACCAAGGAGAACGGUGCAGGCGCGGGUGUCAGCAGCUGUCCAGGCGAUAAGUUUUGGGGUGAAGGCAGCCAUGUCGUCUUUGUAUUUGGCGAGAAUGGCGAGGUGAGCAUUGCGGCCAGCAGCCGCCUGGUCAUAGGCGUCAACUGCUGCAUCGUACUCGGCUUUGCGGAUAAGGUGGACCCGCAGUGGUCACGGAGGAGAGCGCCGCGGGUGGCAGCGGCUGGCGAGGCCGCGGCGGCGUUGGCGCGGAGGCAGCGUCGAGGCCGCGGAGGGGAGUGGCGCGGGCGGCAGCGGCUGGCGAGGCCGCGGCUGCACUGGCGCGGAGGCGGCGUCGAGGCCGCGGAGGGGAGCAGCGCGGGCGGCAGCGGGUGGCGAGGCCGCGGCUGCGCUGGCGUGGAGGCGGCGUCGAGGCCGCGGAGUGGCGCGGGUGGCGGCGGCUGGCGAGGCCGCGGCGAGGCGGGUGCGGAGGCGGCAUCGGGGCCGCGAAGGGGAGCGGCGCGGGCGGCGGCGGCUGGCGAGGCCGCGGCUAGGCGGGCGCGGAGGCGGCGUCGGGGCCGCGGAGGGGAGCAGCACGGGCGGCAGGCGGCUGGCGAGGCCGCAGCUGCGCUAGCGCGGAGGCGGCGUCGAGGUCGCGGAGUGGCGCGGGCGGCGGCCGCUGGCGAGGCCGCCGCGAGGCGGGCGCGGAGGCGGCGUCGGGGCCGCGGAGAAAAACGGCGCGGGCGGCAGCGGCUGGCGAGGCCGCGGCGAAGCGGGCGCGGAGGCGGCGACAAGGCCGCGGAAGGGAGCGGCGCGGGCCGCAGCGGUUAG